UUGACUGACUGAGGUCAACAAGUCCCUUAACACGGGUCAAUGGUGGAGAAGACUUACUCUUACGCGAGAGGGAGGGAGUAUCGUCCCGUCCGGGAAGCAAUAACAGCCCCUAUAAAGCUAAUCCCGAAGUAAGAACAAAAUACGAGACACAAAAAAGUAGGCAUGGUUUCUUUAAGCAUCUCCAUGGUAAAUCUGGUCCUUUUUUGGCUCAGCUUCCUUAGCCUUACUAGUGAAGCAGUCCCAAGUUACCGCUUUCAUAUCUGUUCAAACGAGACCACCUUCAUCCCCAACUCCACCUACCAGUCUAACCUAAAAGACCUGCUCCUUUCCCUUUCCUCCAAUUCCACGCGUGAAAUUGGCUUCUACAACAACACCGUUGGACAAAACCCAGAGACCUCAGUUUACGGCCUCUUCCUCUGCCGUGGAGACCUCACCCCAGAUGCCUGCCAAGACUGCGUGUCAACAGCAACAAACGAGAUUGUUCAGCAGUACUGCCCCGUAGAGAAAGUGGCUAUGAUAUGGUAUGAUGAAUGCAUGUUACGCUACUCAAAUCGAUCAAUCUUCUCUGUCAUGGAAGACCAGCCAAGAAAGUAUCUGUGGAACGUGUUGGAUAUUACAGAGCCAGAUCGCUUCCUUAAGCUAGCGCAAACAACAUUGAGUGACUUGGUGCCUCUGGCCGCAAACGCUUCCUCCGCUGCUAAAAAGUUCGCUACGAAAGAAGUCAAUUUUACGGUAUUGCAAACGAUGUACAGCCUUGUACAGUGCACUCCUGACCUAUCCAGCUUUGAUUGCAAUAGGUGUCUUCGGGAAGCCAUAAAAAACGUGCCUACGUGUUGCAGUGGAAAGCAAGGGGGUAGAGUUAUGUAUCCUAGUUGUACCAUUAGGUAUGAGGUUUCUCCGUUUUAUCAGAUAAAAGCCGUUGCUCCACCGGUACCAGCACCAGGACCAACACCUAUACCAUUGCUUCUUCCUCCUCCACCAGGGAAAAGCGGAAUCUCAUGGCCAAUAAUUCUCGCCAUUGUUGCUUCAAUUUCUGUCUUGGCUCUACUUGCUUUGAGCUACUACUUCCUAAGAAGGAGAACAAAAAAGAAGUACAAUUCUCUACCGGAUAAAAAUGCUGCCAGUGACAUUACAACUAUAGAGUCUUUGCAAUUUGAUUUGGCUACAAUCCAAGCUGCCACAAACAAGUUCUCUGAUGAUAACAGGCUGGGUGGAGGUGGAUUUGGUGAGGUUUACAAGGGUAUAUUACUUAAUAGACAAGAAAUAGCAGUGAAGAGACUUUCAGAAAGUUCUGGACAAGGUGUAGAAGAAUUUAAGAAUGAGAUUUUAGUAGUAGCCAAGCUUCAACACAGAAAUCUAGUCAGGCUAUUGGGAUUUUGUUUGGAAGGAAAAGAAAAGUUGCUCAUCUACGAGUUUAUGCCCAACAAAAGCCUUGAUCAGUUCCUAUUUGAAUCCGAUAAGAAAAAAAUAUUGGAUUGGUCAAGGCGUUACAAGAUUAUUGAAGGGAUUGCUCGAGGGAUCCUUUAUCUUCAUGAAGAUUCUCAACUACGAAUUAUUCAUCGCGACCUUAAAGCUAACAAUAUACUAUUAGAUGAGGAUAUGAAUCCAAAAAUAUCAGAUUUUGGCAUGGCAAGGAUUUUUGGGGUUGACCAAAUUGAAGGAAAGACCAAGAAGGUCAUUGGAACAUAUGGUUAUAUGUCUCCAGAAUAUGCAAUGCAUGGACAAUUUUCGGUAAAAUCUGACGUCUAUAGCUUUGGUGUCCUAGUACUAGAGAUUUUAAGUGGUAAUAAGAUCAAUUCUCUCUAUCAAUCAGAGACUACUACUAAGGACCUCUUGAGCUAUGCUUGGGAACACUGGAGCAAUGGAACAGCCUUGGAGUUGUUAGAUCCAACUUUAAGAGAUUCUUACUCAAGAAAUGAAGUCAACCAAUGUAUCCAUAUUGCCUUACUUUGUGUUCAAGAAAAUCCAGCCGACAGACCCACAAUGGCAAAUAUAAUUCUCAUGCUUGACAGUUACUCUGUUACUCUAAAAACACCUCAACAACCCGCUGUUUUCAUACUAAGUAAAACAGAGCCGACAACUCCAACGGAGUAAUUGGAGUCAGAUGAACCUUCAAGCAAGUCAGGGCUGUCGUCUGGUAAUUAAGCAUCAAUUACUGAAGCAUAUUCUCAACUAGUCAACUGGCUUGGGUGGCCAGUUAGGGCUCCUCCACAAUUAUCUCUUUAAUUAAUAAGUAAUGGAAUUUCAAACACUAUGUUCUAUAUAUAUUAUUACUUAAUAAAUGUACUGAAACUUCACGGAUGAUAACUUGGACACGUAUUAUCAUUCUAGCUAGAAG